AUGUUCCGUACAAUCAACCCAGCGAGAUUAUCAGCUCGCUCAGUCCGUCGCGUAGUACAGCGGACCCUCCCUCGCACCUACGCGGUAGCUGCCCCAGCGGUCGGCAACUACUCGCAGGUGGAUGAUGGACCUACCCUCAACUCCCCUUCCGAGCUCGCCAGGCGGAUUUCGGCCAAAGUCCUUCCCCGCUUGGAAAAGCCCGACGUCAAAAAGGUGCUCGUAGUUGGGUCAGGCGGGCUGAGUAUCGGACAGGCCGGAGAGUUCGACUAUUCAGGUUCUCAAGCCAUCAAAGCUCUCCGAGAGAGCAACAUCUCCACCAUCCUCAUUAACCCCAAUAUCGCUACCAUCCAAACCUCCCACCACCUCGCAAACGAAAUCUACUUCCUCCCCGUCACCGCCGAUUAUGUUGCGUACGUCCUCGAGAAGGAGCGCCCAGAUGGGAUCCUCCUCACCUUCGGUGGUCAGUCCGCCCUCAACGUCGGUAUUCAACUCGACAAGAUGGGUGUCUUGGAGAGACUCGGCGUCAAGGUCCUCGGAACCCCCAUCCGAACCCUUGAAGUUUCGGAAGACCGAGAGCUCUUUGUCAACGCUUUGAACGAAAUCGACAUUCCCGCAGCCCAAUCCACCGCCGUCUCCACCAUUGAAGCAGCCCUCAGCGCGGCCAAGGAGAUCGGCUACCCUAUCAUUCUCCGUUCCGCCUUCUCCCUCGGUGGUCUCGGUUCCGGAUUCGCGCACGACGAGGAGGAGCUGCGCAACUUGGCCGCCAAGUCCCUCUCGCUCAGUCCCCAGGUGCUCAUUGAGAAGAGUCUGAAGGGGUGGAAGGAGGUGGAAUACGAGGUCGUGCGAGAUGCUGCCGACAACACCAUCAUCUGCUGCAACAUGGAAAACUUUGACCCCCUCGGCACCCACACCGGUGACUCUAUCGUCGUCGCUCCCUCCCAAACCCUGACCGACGACGAGUACCACAUGCUCCGGUCCGCCGCUAUCAAGAUUGUCCGUCACGUCGGAGUCGUGGGCGAGUGCAACGUCCAGUACGCACUCGACCCCGACAGCCGGGACUACCGAGUCAUCGAGAUGAAUGCUCGUCUCUCCCGGUCGUCCGCUCUCGCCUCCAAGGCCACCGGUUACCCUCUCGCCUACACUGCUGCCAAAAUCGCUCUCGGUCACACCCUCCCAGAACUCCCCAACGCCGUCACCAAAUCUACUACCGCCUGCUUUGAGCCUUCCCUCGACUACAUUGUCACCAAGAUCCCCAAGUGGGAUCUGGCCAAAUUCCAGCACGUCGAGCGGACCGUCGGUUCGGCCAUGAAAUCCGUAGGCGAGGUGAUGGCUAUUGGGAGGACUUUUGAAGAGUCCCUCCAAAAAGCCAUUCGCCAGGUCGACCCCAUCUUUGCCGGGUUCGACGCCUACUGGAAGCCGGAAGACAUGACGGCGGCGCUCACGGAGAACAACGACCGUCGGCUCUUUGCCAUUGCCCAUGCCAUGCUCAACCUGGACUACUCGGUCGACAAGCUCCACAGUCUCACCAAGAUCGACAAGUGGUUCUUGUACAAGCUUGAAAACAUUGUCGAGGUGUACAAGCUUGUGCAAAACAAGCCGCUCGACCAAAUAGACCGGGAGAUGAUGCUCACCGCCAAAAAGACGGGAUUCUCGGACCUCCACCUCUCCCAGCUCAUCGGUACCACCGAGGACAAGGUCCGGUCCCACCGCAAAUCCCUCCACGUCACCCCCUUCGUCAAGCGUAUCGAUACCCUUGCCGCGGAAUUCCCUGCCUACACCAACUACCUCUACACCACCUACAAUGCCUCCACCCAUGACAUCGAAUUCGACGAGCACGGAACCAUGGUCCUCGGCUCCGGCGUCUACCGUAUCGGCUCCUCGGUCGAAUUUGAUUGGUGCGCUGUCACUUGCUCCCGCGCCAUCCGGGCGCUGGGCAAGAAGACCAUCAUGAUCAAUUACAACCCGGAAACCGUCUCGACAGACUUUGACGAGGCGGACAGGCUCUACUUUGAGGAGCUCGGGUUCGAGCGGGUGAUGGACAUCUACGAGCUGGAGGCGGCGGAAGGAGUGGUGGUCAGUGUCGGGGGUCAGCUCCCGCAAAACAUUGCUCUGCGCCUCAAGCAGGUCGGCGUCAAUGUCUUGGGAACAGACCCCGACCAGAUUGACAACGCCGAGGACCGCCACAAGUUCUCGUCCAUCCUCGACUCGAUCGGCGUAGACCAGCCCGCCUGGACAGAGGCGACCAGUCUCCAGGCGGCCAAGGACUUUGCCAACAAGGUCAAUUAUCCCGUCCUCAUCCGUCCCUCGUACGUCCUCUCUGGUGCAGCCAUGAGCGUCGUCUGGGACGACUCGGAGAUGGACGCCAAGCUCUCUGCAGCGGCCAACGUUUCCCCCCUCCACCCCGUCGUCAUUUCGCAAUUCAUCGACAAUGCCCAGGAGAUCGAUAUCGAUGCGGUCGGUCACCAGGGCCGGCUCCUCGUCCACGCCGUCUCGGAGCACGUCGAGAACGCCGGUGUCCACUCGGGCGAUGCCACCCUCGUCCUUCCCCCCUUCUCCCUCAGCUCAGGCGACCUUGACCGGCUCAAGGAAAUCGCCGAAAAGGUCGCCAAGGCGUUCGACAUCUCUGGUCCCUUCAACAUGCAAAUCAUCCGAUCCCCUCCUGUCGACGGUGCCGAGGCCACACUCAAGGUCAUCGAGUGCAACCUCCGCGCAUCCCGGUCCUUCCCUUUCGUUUCCAAAGUCCUCGGUACCAACUUCAUCGACGUUGCCUCGGCCGCCAUCAUGAACAUCAACGUUCCUGAACCGGUCGACCUGAUGAAGGAGCGCCGGGACUAUGUAGCCAUCAAGGUCCCACAAUUCUCCUGGACUCGUCUUCCCGGUGCGGACCCAUUCCUCGGUGUCGAGAUGGCGUCGACCGGCGAAGUCGCUUCCUUCGGUAAGGACAUUCACGAGGCGUACUGGGCGGCAUUGCUCUCGGUGAACGGCUUCAAGCUGCCUCGACCCAACAGCGGGUUCUUGCUGGGAGGUGAUGUCGCUCGACCAGAAAUGGUCAUGGUGGCCGAGAACCUGAUCAAUCUCGGAUUCAAGCUCUACACACAUGCUGCGGACGUCGAACAGCACAUCAACUCGAAACCCUACCUCUCCAUCAAGAAGAUCUUUGUCCCAGUCAAGGAUAAGCGCAAGCUGCGAGAAGUCCUCGAGGAGAAUGAAAUCACCUCGGUCAUCAACAUUGCCCGAUCGCGAGCCGCCGACACCCUCGACCCUGACUAUGCUUCCCGACGUGCAGCAGUGGACUUUGGUAUCCCCCUCAUCAACAAUGCCAAACUCGCCGUCCUGUUCACCGAAACGCUGGCCAAAAAGUUCCACAACUCCCCCCUCCCCUAUGUCGAGGGCACCAACCCGCCCGAGGUCAAGUCCUGGAAGGAGUUCGUGCCUGCUUCGGCUUCUCAGUAA